AUGACCCAAGAGCGCGAGCAGAAUGUGGUAUGGCCUCAGGAUAUGCAAGAUGACACCAUCGUGGCCGGGGUCGGCGACGACGACUUCACCAAGUUCCUCGACCUCGACAGCGAAUUCCAACAUUUUACACCCAUGAACAAUGGCCAUUCCGGUCUCGAUACGCCCAUGGGCCGUUUGGGGUUUGGGAAUAGUGCGCCCGACCUGUCCUACGCCGGAUCCGAACAGAUGAACAUGAACGUGCCCCCGACGACCGAUUCCGUCAGCUAUCGGAAUCACAUUCCCUCGAGCCAGCCGUAUGGACAAUAUCCGCAGUAUCAACGAAUGCCCAUGCCGCCCCAGUAUCGAGUCCCCCCAACGCCUGUGAGCGCCGAAAUGCACGCGGGGAAAUAUGCACACACAGUGGGAAACAAUGGACAAAUAAUCUUUGACCACCAGCAGGUCUCCUUUACCCCACUGGUCUCCCCUGCGCAAACUCCCAUGGACGGUGGAUUUGCGAUGUCUGACUAUGGUCUGGGCGACGAAUUCUUCAGUCCUUUGACAUCGCCGGCGAUUGAGGCCCAGGCGACCUUCAGUUCAACCGGCACCACGGCCUCGCCCGUUGAUUUAAAUGCUGAUCCUGGAGCUACCAACAAAUCCACCACAGCUGGGACCAAACGCCCUCGACGCAAGGGCAGCAAUGCCGCCCGGACGCCGGCUCGGAGCGUGAAGCAGUCGCCCGCCAUGAAGCCUCAACCCCGGCGUCGAGUUCCUUCACUGACUUCACUCCCUUUGGACAAGGUUGGGGGCAUGCUUCCCCAAGGUGUUCAGGGCUCGAACCUACAACCAUCGGCUCCGAACAGCGCUGCCCUUCAGCCCAGCGAUGAUUCGGUGUCGCCCGAACCGCUUUCGGAAGCGGCGAUGAGACCGCCUCCUGUUCCUCAGGCCGGCAAAUCACCGCAGCAAUUGGCGGCUUCUCAAGGUGCGGCGUCCGCCAACCCCGUCACGCCUGCCACGUUGAUGAGGAUGCCAAGCAACCAAUCAAUGUCCGCGAAGCAAAUGGAGCAACAUGGCUCUGCCCAAUCCGCAAAUGAGCCAAUGGAGGACAUUAUGUUACCAGACGCCGCGGCUCCAGGAACGCAACCCAUAUUGGCAUCCAUUGACACCGGCAAAACGGGCAACGACAGCGAAAGCACUCCGACGCUUUCGGCCAAAUCGGCCAAAUUGAGUGCCGCCAGUACCCCGAGAAGUGGAUUGGCGAGGGCAACGUCACAAGAGACGUUUGCAAAGCCCGGAAAAAUCGAGACCCGGGGCGGCCGUGCAAGCAAAAAGCGGCAAAGCACUUCUUCGGCCACGAUUUCACCCGCUUUGCGACCGAAGAUCUCACCAAGCAUCAGCCCAUUGGCGCCGGCGACUGGCCCGGGAAUGUCGCAUCUUUCCGCCGAAACCAGUGCCCUAUAUCUUGCGUCCAAGUCGAAUUAUCAGAAUAUUCUGGAGGGCACUCAUCUGCCGGGCGUUUCAUACCCCGAAACAUUGGCGGAAAAUCUGACCUCAAAACGAACAUCUCACAAAAUCGCCGAGCAGGGACGGCGGAAUCGGAUUAAUCUUGCAUUGAAGGAGAUCGAGGCUCUUUUGCCUCCAUCUAUUUUGGCCACUAAUGGGAAGAAUCACCGAUCAGGCUCUCACGACAACGACGAGGCAGAGCAUAAACCACCUCCGCCUGGCCAAGGUGCCAGCAAGGCAAGCACGGUUGAAAUGGCGAUUGUCUACAUUAAGAGCUUGCAAACUGAACUGAAGGAAACGAAGGACAAACUUGAGGCGGUAGAAAAGAAGCUCGCGGAAGGGACGAGCAAGGCGGAGAGCCAGGCCUCGGAUGGAUAA